CUUCCAGCCUCGGUCGGGAGCCGAUUUUUUUUUUUUUAAAAAAAAACCCCUCUCUAAAGAUAUUUUAUUUAUUUAUUUUACCACACACACAACUUCUCCAUCUUUCAUACCCCCCGAAAAAAAAAGCUCCGUAAAGAUGGUGGACCGCGAGCAGCUGGUGCAAAAAGCCCGGCUGGCCGAGCAAGCCGAGAGAUACGACGACAUGGCGGCCGCCAUGAAGAACGUGACGGAGCUGAACGAGCCACUGUCCAACGAGGAAAGGAACCUCUUGUCUGUAGCCUACAAGAAUGUCGUUGGGGCCCGGCGUUCCUCCUGGCGAGUCAUUAGCAGCAUUGAGCAGAAAACCUCUGCCGACGGCAACGAGAAGAAGAUUGAGAUGGUGCGGGCCUACCGUGAGAAGAUCGAGAAGGAGCUGGAAGCGGUGUGCCAGGACGUGCUGAGCCUCCUAGACAACUACCUGAUCAAGAACUGCAGUGAGACCCAGUACGAGAGCAAAGUCUUCUACUUGAAGAUGAAAGGGGACUAUUACCGCUACCUGGCUGAGGUGGCCACGGGGGAGAAGAGAGCGACCGUGGUGGAGUCCUCCGAGAAGGCCUACAGCGAAGCCCAUGAGAUUAGCAAGGAACACAUGCAGCCCACUCACCCCAUCCGGCUGGGCCUGGCGCUUAACUACUCCGUUUUCUACUACGAGAUCCAGAAUGCUCCCGAGCAGGCAUGCCACCUGGCCAAGACGGCUUUCGACGACGCCAUCGCCGAGCUAGACACCCUCAACGAGGACUCCUACAAGGACUCUACGCUCAUCAUGCAGCUGCUCCGCGAUAACCUAACGCUCUGGACGAGCGACCAGCAAGACGACGACGGCGGCGAAGGCAACAACUAGACCCCUCGGAUGGACUGGCAGCCGCACGCUGAUGCUACUACUGCAGUCUUUAUUUUUUUUCCCACGAGUGGGGGGG